CACUGAGUGCCCGAAGAAAUUUACUCAAAGUAGUAAUCUGCGUUCACACAUGCGAACACACACGGGAGAGCAGCCUUAUGGCUGCACCGUGUGCCAGAAGAAAUUCUCUCAAUGUGGUCAUCUGCGGUCACACUUACAAACGCACGCGGAAGAGAAGCUCUUUGAGUGCAGUGUGUGCCUGAAGAAAUUUACUCAAAGUAGCAAUCUGCGUUCACACAUGCGAACACACACGGGAGAGAAGCCUAAUAGGUGUACAGUGUGCCAGAAAAAAUUUGCUCAAAGUAGUAAUCUGCGCUCACACAUGCGAACACACACGGGAGAGAAGCCUUACGGCUGCACCGUGUGCCCGAAGAAAUACAAGCCUUUUGGGUGCAGUGUGUGCCCGAAGAAAUUCACUCAAAGAUGUCAUCUGCGUUCACACUUGCGAACGCACACAGGAGAGAGGCCUAAUGGCUGUACAGUGUGCCAGAAAAAAUUUGCUCGAAGUAGUACUCUGCGCAUACACAUGCGAACACACACGGGAGAGAGGCCUUAUGGCUGCCCCGUGUGCCAGAAGAAAUUCACUGAAAGUAGUGGCCUACAAAACCACCUUCGAACCCACACGGGAGAGAAGCCUUUCGGAUGUACUGAGUGCGCAAUGAAAUUUACUGGAAGAAGAACUCUGCGUUUACACUUGCGAACGCACACGGGAGACAAGCUUUAUGGCUGCACCGUGUGUCAGAAGAAAUUCUCUCAAAGUGCACUGUAAAGCCGAAAGGUAACUUUUGCGCAGAUAUUACCCUGCCGAGGGUGACAAUUUUCGACAAUCACCUCAC